AUCUGCAGAAUGUUGUAGGUGUGUAGUCGUGUGACGUGAGACCCUGAGUGCUCCACCUCAGACUCCACCUACUCCACACCGGCUGUUGCUCCACCCACUGGCUGUGUUCAAAAAGCUGAGUUGUGGAAGAAGAUUGAUUCAUCAUCCCCUCAUUACUAAAGUUCUUGAAAUAAGCCAUGGCAUCUGGAGUAACUGUUGCAGAUGGCAUUCAGAAAGCCUACUCUGACAUCAAAACUGGGAAAAAAUAUAGAUAUAUGAUAUUCUAUAUUAAAGAUGAAAAAGAAAUUGAUAUAGAGAAAUUUGGUGAGAGGGAUGAAACCUAUGAUGAUUUCCUGAAUUGUCUUAGCAGUUUGGGACCAGACAAAUGUCGCUAUGGUUUGUAUGAUUUUGAGUAUGAACGCUCUUUCCAAGGAACCUCCGAAUCAAAAAUGAACAAACUUAUUCUUAUGUCUUGGUGCCCUGAUACUGCCAAAAUUAAGACCAAAAUGCUUUAUUCCACUAGCUUCAGUGCUCUCAAACAGGCACUGGAAGGCAUACAGAAGUACAUACAAGCAACUGACAUGUCUGAAGCUUCCUAUGAAAGUGUCUUAGAGAAGUGCACUGCUUCAGACCGUGCUUGAGUCUACCAUUAGAGAGAAUUUUUGUAUCAACAUCCAAAGCACUAAAGAUUCAGCUCAACAAGGCCUCUUUAGUGCCUCAACUGCACAACCUGCUAAUUUGUUGUUUUGCAGGGAUUUUAUUUCAUGAUUGAGAAAAAAAAAAAAAAGUUUGCCAGACUCUACACUAGCUUCUGACUAGUAAUGCCAUCAUAUUUAGUGUUAAUAAUCCAUUAUUCAUAUGACACCUUUGGUAUGUGUCUCACCUUUGAUAUGCCCAGGGUAUUGCAAAGACAUUCCAGUAUAUUCAGAAUUUUGAAAAAAAUUAUUCAUACACUAAAGAUUUCUGCAUAAAAUAUCCAGUGUAAAUUUGUAGAUUUAUUUGGAAGAUUAUAUGAUAAAAUAUGGUUAUGCACUGUACAUCUGCCAUAACAUACAUUAUUGGCAGCUUGACAUUCCAUCAGUGUUGCUGUUCUCAACAUUGAACACCUUUUACAUUUCAUUGUAAGCAUUCCACAUGCAAUUACAUGUGUAUCUUAAGGUGUAGGUGCUUUCUCUCUCUCUCUCUCUCUCUCUCUCUCUCUCUCUCUCUCUCUCUCUCUCUCUCUCUCUCUCUCUCACAAAAAUUGUGUUGAUCUUGUACUUUAUUGAAGUAUAUCAAAUUUAUCCAUUGUGUGUAAUUAGUUUCAUUUAUGUACAUGAAAUUAUUCAAACUAUUGGAACUAUUGGAGGACUUGACUUACGUUGUUCAACUGUAAUGUGUGUACUGCUUUAUUUCAAUGAGAUACUCAAUCUGAUAUUUUCUUGUUAUGAAAUAUAUCACUAUGAGAAAUCUUACUAAUGCAUAUGUUGAUUUUUGCUUGUGCAUAUUAUUUUAUAAGAAUGCAUUAAUUCAUCUUCCACAUCAGUGUAAGAGCAAUCAUAGUAAAUAAAAUGUUGUAUGUU